GUUACAAGGCCACGAUCAUGGAGACGAAGAACCUGUCCAUCGACCAGUUUUGCCGGGCAAUGACGAGCCUGAAGAGAUCGCAGGAGUCGAUAGGCCGUUCGAGGGAGAACCAGAGGUUGUUGCAGCGGGCUAUCGAAGACAUGAAGAGGGGAGAAAAAGCGGUUCGUGCGAGGGUUGAAACAGUUAGGAAGAGAGGAACUUGGGAUGCUGAGCUUGUUGCGAUGCUCGAGGAGCUUCAAAACCUCCAGGAAGUAAUUGAAGGAUUUGCUUGAGAUAGCCGAUGCUCCUGGG